CGUGGACUAGAGGGACUCUACACUGAACACACUCAAGCGACUCACACUUUGCGCGUGACACAAGCAACUGCGCUACAGCGCUCUGAACAAAUACAGUUUCAUAUUGCAUAUCUAUUUUGAAAGGCAUUUUUAGAAUGCUCUUAUAGCGUCUUUCUAGUUUGACAAAUCUGUUCAUUAACUAAAAUGGCACUUGCUUAAAUGAUGCAUAUCUUUUCAAAUUGAACAACCCUUUGAUAAACCAUUCGAGUAUCCUUAAAAUUUAAUUCCAACUUUUUUUCAUUUUCGUCAAACGUGUCAUCUUUAUCUAACAUCUUAAUUAUAUUAUCUAGACAAUCUUACAAUUUAGAUACAAGAUGACCCAAUUGAAAAUUGUUCUCUUAACCUCUUUGUGAAAUUCGCGCAUGUAAAUGAGGAACUUUUCUCGACUUAUCCAGUCAUUUUUCUCUAAAGAAUAUAUUUUUAACAGAUUAAAAACCUCAAUAAAAUCGAAAAUGGCAUCUGCCGAGGUAAUAAGACGGCUAGAAUCAAAGGCAGCUGCUGCGGAGCAAAUAAUAAUUCAAUUGAAAAAUCAGGUAGAAGAAAUAAAAAGUAGAAAUGUUCAAAAGGAUCUUACAUUGGAAAAUGAAAAGCUUCGCAAUGAAAUUAAAAGGUAUAGAAAUGAACUGAUCAGACUGGAAACUUUACAAGGCAUUAAGCAGGUACCAAUACCGGAUAAAGAUGUUGUACCUGUAAAACCUAGUGAAACACCUGUGGAGCCUGUUAUUUCAGAGAAAUCUCUACCACAAACUCUUCCUCAAAAGAAAGAAGCUAAGACAAAAAAAGAAAAGGCUCCUGCUAAUGAGAAGAAACCAUCUAAUACAAAAGUAGUCGAAGAACCACCUAUCGACGUUGGUAGACUAGAUUUCAAAGUAGGGAAAAUUGUAAAUGUUAAGAAGCAUCCAGAUGCUGAUUCGCUAUAUGUAGAGGAAAUAGACAUUGGCGAAGGAAAAAACAGAACUGUGGUGAGUGGCUUGGUGAAACACGUUCCUAUUGAAGAAAUGCAAAACAGACUGGUCGUUGUCUUAUGCAAUUUAAAACCAGCUAAAAUGAGAGGCAUUACUUCUGAGGCAAUGGUUAUGUGUGCCAGCUCUCCUGAAGCUGUAGAAAUCUUGAUUCCACCGGCAGGUGCUGUUCCUGGGGAUCUCGUGCACGUCGAAGGUUAUCCAAGAGUUCCAGAUAAUAUUCUUAAUCCUAAAAAGAAGAUCUUUGAAACCUGUGCACCUGACUUGAAGACUGAUGAUCAAAAGCAAGCUGUGUACAAGGGUGUUCCAUUGAGUAUUCCUGGAAAAGGUCCGAUAGUAUCAUCAACUCUUACUGGUGUUCAAGUCAAAUAAAUUAAAUAAUUAUGAAAAAAUAUAUUCUACAAAUUUUUUUAAAAUGUUCAUUAUCGUUUGUGUUCAAUAAA